UCGAUAGCACGUCGCGGUCACUUGUAGGUUAUGCGCAGCAGUGUCGCUGCAGUGCUCCGAACUUCGAGAAUUCCGAAUUUCCGUUGCAACACAUUGUCGAUUUGCACAAUAACUGCUUCCCGCCAUCAUCAUCAUGUACGCUUUGCAGACCGUCGGAAGUACGACCAGCUCGGUCAAAGAUGACUCAGAAGUCUUGGAACUGGACGAUGGUGGAAACUCAAUUGUUGAACAAAUCAUCACCAACAGUUAUGCUGUUAAACGUUCUGAGAACCCUACGGCAAAUGGCAUUCAAUCUUCUAGUUCUCAUCCCGCUAUGCACAGUUUUGAGCGAAAAAACGUCGAUGAUAGUGACUCAAUCGGUCUAUGUUUUUGGGCCUUAUUUCAAGCUGUCGGGCUUACUUGCGUGACUGCGAUUAUUUGUCGAACCAUUAUAUAUAGAAACGGAUACUUUGAGACAAAUCCGGAAAACAACACAACGUCUAUUACCAAAAGUCAAUUUUCCAAUUGGCAUUACACGUUAACCACUGUUGGAUUCAUAUAUCUUUAUGCUAAUUCCAUUUUCAUGAUAAGGAAAAGUAAAAAGUCGAACGUCACGUUGCCGUAUAUUAUGUUGCACACGUUUGCGUACAUCGUAUCCGCGUUAGGGUUGUACGCAAUGUACGUUCACAAGGAAACGGGCAAACCCAGACACAGAAAGUUCUACGAGGGCCAUGUGUUUUCAAUACACUCCUGGACCGGUGUAUUUGCCGCGGCGCUGUUCACAGUUCAAUGGCUGAGCGCAGUAUUGGCCUUCAUGAUGCCGUGCCUGCACAAUUUAGGCUUACCUUUUGGCAAGAUUUUCAGCUUGUACACCGUUCUAGUUUCGACCAUCUGCCUCAUUGCUGGAACCAACCACCAUGCACUGUAUUCAUUGAAAGAACAGUACCAACAAUAUUCACCUGAGUCAUUGGUUUUGAACGGCUUUGGAAUGAUGGUAAUAGUUUUCUUAUUUUUAAUUAUCUACACAAUCAUUAAAACGAAUAAACAUUAGACCUUAUAAUUUA